AUGGAACCAGGCAGCAGUGAGUCAGUAUUGUGUUCGUGUUGGAAUGCGACCGGGCCCCUGCGUUGCCAUAGUGACGGCGUAGCUACGUCGUUGUGCUGGCAACAGCAGCCGCGGUGAAAACUUUGAAUACAAAAGUUUGUUCAAGCUGCAAGUAAUUGGACUGAGAGCUGAAGAUGAACGCAACCGUAACACAGCCGCAAACCGGGCCUUUUCUACCGGAAAUCACCACCAAAAGCAACAAACGGAGGAAAAGUACUCAGUACAGGAUGAAACAGGAGAAGGAGUCUCUCCGAACUGGAUCGUCCCAGAUCAUCUCCAAGGGAGAAAUAUCACAGUUCAGAAACAGUCCGAAGCAGAACAUCUGUGUGGAGCUGCUUCGAGAAGGCUACCACCGGUCGUUCUCGGAGCUCUUCUUUCUGCUGGGCGCUGAUCGGGAUCGGAGGGCGGCGGCUGAACCGGGUUCAAAUCUCCGACUUCAGACUCCGCUGGACCAACAACUGGACAAACUGGAGACCAUGAAACGCCACCUGAGCCGCGCCGAGGAGGCCGAAAGAACCGGUUCCUGGAUGGUUGUGUGUGAUCAGCGUCUGUUGUUGGGUUGGUACUUCUCAGCUCCGAAGGAUCUCUGGCUCAGUUUGCACUUCUACCACAGCUGUACAGACCGGGAGCAGGGCAGCCACUCGAGACCGGCCACCGAGGCCCGGGUGUGCAUGGCGGAGGCCUACCUGAAACUAGGCGAGCUGGAGCAGGCCAGGCAGCAGGCGGAGCUGUGCGUGAAGCAGGCGGAGGACAGCAGCUGGGUGGACUCAGACGGUCGGCCCCUGAGGCUCCGGGCCCGCGAGGCAUUGUGGAGGAUCUACAGCCGGCUGGCCGACGCUCCGCUGGAGGCUGCUGACUACGACCAGGCCCUGAAGCUGCUCUACAAGGGCUACAACAUGGCUACUGAGUCUGAAGACAAACAGAUCGAAUGGGAGGGCGCCUAUCGACUGGGACUGACCUAUCAGAGCGCAGGAGACAAUGACACAGCCAAACAGUUCUUCACCACUUGCAUGGAGAUUUCCGGCACACUGCAGGAUGCAGACAAGCUGGGGAAGUCCUACAAGGCCAUGGCCAAGUCUAUAGAGAGUGAGGGAAACAUACAAGACACGCUUGAGUGUCUGGAGAAGUUAGCCGACAUCUCACGCUGCAACGGGCUGCAACACAACCUGGUGGAUGCCUUCUUGUGUCUGGGCAAUAUCUACCACACAACGAGCCAGUAUACGAGAGCAUGUGAGUACUUCCUGCAGGGUUAUGAAGUUGCCUGUGAGCUGGGAGAUGUGGCUCUGCUGCAGAAAGCUCAGGUGUUGGCGGCAAACGCUCGCGCUCACUCCCUGAUCUGGAAAUUCAGCGCCGACGUGGAGUCGGCCUCCCCCGCCGCCCUGCGACGACUGAUCGCUUGGAAAGAGAGUGGACGACAUCAGGGCCUCUACAGAUAGUUCUGCUACUGCCUGGUACUAACUCUCUAUCAGAUAAUCAUACUAAUGUUCUUUAAAACAUGAGGAAGUCAAACACACAGCUGUUUGAUAUAGUGCAUGUAUUUUAUAUACUGUGAAUGUGUUACGUGAUAUAAUCUCACUUCCUUGUCAACAUAAUAAACACAUAAGAGGCGUGUUAAACCUGUAUGAUGUCCACUAUCUAAAUCUGACUCUGGGUUAACCCUCAUGUUUUCCUCGGGUCAAAUUUGACCCAUUUUCAAAAAGUUUCUAUAUCAUAAAUUCAGGUUUCUUUCAAUCAAAUUGUAAAAAAAAUAAUAAUAAUAACGUUGUUGGU